AUGGAAGGCAGCGUCGAGAACAAGAGACGGUCCUUCAUGGGCAUCCCCACCAGCCUGCGGCCGUCCAAGGGCAAGCUGCAAAGGCUCUGGCCUGGAUCGAGAAACUCGACGGCCGGCGGCGAGUUUGAAGAUUUCAAAAAGUGGUUCGACAGCGAGCUCGGCGUGGGCCAUGAUGCCAUGGACGCGAGCGAUGAGCCGAUGCACCCCCUCCGUCCGGUUUCCUCGAGCGACAGCGCAAACCGAAUUCGCAUCUACGGCCGAGAAGAGUACGAGGCCGAGGAGAGGAACGGAGGCGCCGGGACGAACAGCCCUACGAGCUCGUCCCCUUCGACCAUCGGCGAGCCCCUCUCCCGCUCAUUCACGACGCCGCCGCCGUCGACGACCUUGACGGCGACGCAACUUUCGCCCAUCAUUGAGCACGCCGGCACGCACGGCGAAUGGGCCGACGAGGUGGAGCCGGAGCUGCCGCCCCUGCCGCGGCGCACCAAGACGCCGGUGCACCCGAAGCAGCUGGAGAGGGCGGCGCUGUUGAGGAGGCCUUCGUCGUCCGACGACGUCACCGUCCUCUCGAGCAGCGUCAGCCUCAUGAGCAUGGAGCGCGAGUACGAGGACCUGGUCGAGUACGACGACGGCGACAUCCCCGACGUGCCGACAAUCGACGCCAAGUAUCUUCGUUCCCCGGCCCCCUCGGCGUCGACGACGGAUCCGAAAUCUCUCGCCUCCCCUUCUCCCUCCCCAUACCGGACGCCCGACGUGUCGAUGAUUGACCCGAAAUAUCUUCGAUCUCGGGAUCCUUCCUACCGUAAGCCGGUGAACGGCGCCGGCGCUGGUGACAGCCCCUCCCAACGCCGGUCCCGGGCUCGGCCCCAUUCCCAGUACCAGUCGCAGCCUGCGCCUCAGCACCAGCCGCAGCCCCAGCCGCAGCACCAGCCCCAGCAGCAGCAGCCCCAACAGCAGCAGCAGCAGCCCCAACAGCCGCCGCUGCUGGCUCGACCCCCUUCGUACUCCCAGCCGCUGCUGCAGCCGCAGCCCCACACCCGGGCUCGGCUCCGGUCCGGAUGGCGGACGCCGUCCCCGGUUUCCGACGACAGCACCAUCGUCGGCAGCUGGGAAGACAACGCGGCGGUACGGGUCGUGGUCAACGAAAAGGCAUCCCCCUUCUCGCCGCCGGCCACCCCUCCUCAGCGGCUCGACGUCGCGUACCGGCGCGAGAGCGUCGCCGGAUUCCACGAUAGCCUUGUCCUGCUCGCCCGGGAGCUGUCGUCGGCCUUUGCCUUUGGAUUCCCCGCCGGCGACAACGGCACGACCGAGCUGCAGGUCUGGGUCAUGAUCGAGGCCUACAAGCGGCUGCGACAGCGGAUGGCGGCUGCGGGGGUCGAGAACGCGGCCACGGCGGCCAUCGACUGCUGGCUGGAGUCGCUGUGCUCUGUAUACAAGGACAUGACCGACGGCGCGCCCGCGGGCGAGUUUACCCUUCGAGACUGGCGCUGA